CAAAUAAAUAUAAAAUACGUUUAUAGCUUGUAUGACAAAAAACAUUAAUAUAUAUAUGUUAAUUUGGUAAUUUUAUAUAUGAUUAUGUUUUAUACACUUAUUUUCACACAAAUACAUUAAUCCAUAUAUACAUCACACUUAUUUUCUAUAUGUGUUCUACAUAUUUCUACGAUGUGGCCCUAAUUUUUAUUGACGCCUUGAUACUGGGUCGAGAUCUCCUCGUUUUUAUAUAAACAGAACAAGGAAAAUCUCCAUUGUAUUGAGAAGAUGAAGGCGGGGGUGUUUAAAAUAAUAAAUGGUUUAGCAGUCGUCCCUGGUCGUUUCUGCUAUUUUCUCUCCUUCCUGAGAAUGUUUCACUACGAAAGCAUUUUAACAAAUCAUUCUUAUAUCACUUUAAGGGUGAGUCUCGGAGAGGAUACAGCUAUAAAUAAUAGCAUGGGUAUAAAAAUAAUAAUACCCUUCGAUGGGGGAAAAAAAUGGGUCUAGGCUACCCGCGGGACACGAACCCGCAAAGUCUACGUUUUUGUGAUGUAAAUCAGUCAUUUCUAUAAUUAAUUCUUUGUUAAUUACUCAUAACCAACGAAUAGAAUGGACAAGGGGGAAAAACAAAAAUCACCACCUUAAAUAUAUUUUUGGACAAUUAAUUGUUGUUGGUGUCUUUCAGGAGGGCGGCAUGAAUGAACCUCACAACAUCACAUUACCCCCUCCUUCUCCACCUCUAUUUCUUCCAUAAUUUAUAAAAUCUGGUCUUUUGUCUACAUAAAAAUACCCCCCAAAAAAAUCAAUUAUGACUAGUUUUUCCAUUCUGAUUGGCGCCAUUUCACUUCUCUUUCUUCUUUAACAAAGGCAUCAACUUCACAACAUCCCCAUUCAUUCCUCUUAACACACAAACACACUCCGACACCAUGUGCCUUUUCCAACACAGUUUUAUUAUCAUUAUUACUAUUUUGUAUUUCCGGUUAAAUAUCUUCCCCAAACCUCAUUAAUAAGCCAGAACAUGUAAUUAAUUCUUAUAUUUUUCUCCUCACUUAAUUUCAUUAUUGUUUUUAUAAUAAUUAAUUAUUAAUGGUGUUGAUAUCUUUACAAAUUCAAAUUAAGAAUUGCUAGUAAAACCUUGACACAAAUUACUUUAUGUUGAAAGCAAUUCUUUUCCCCCCAUAACAUUAAAUCAUAAAUCCCCGGGAUAAUUUCUCUAUACACACACAUGCAUGUAUAAAGAAGAUGCGUGCAGCUCUAUAACAUGUAUGUAUAAUAAUGAAGACGAGUGAAUGUAUAUACACUUGUUCAUAUAAUUAAGGCGAAUUACUGUAUACACUUGUGUAUAUAAAGACGUGCGAAAAAGUAUGUAUAAUCAAAGUGUAUGAAUUUAUACAUUCGCAUUUAUAAUGAAGGUGGGUAAAUGGAUAUACGUAUGUAUAAUCAAGGUGUGUGAAUGUAUACACGUAUGUAUAAUCAAGCUUUCAUAAUGAGUGAUGAAAAGGGUGAAAUUAGAGCCAUUUUAUGCUACCUUUGGAAAAAAGGACUGAGUGCAAAGGCAGCAGCAGAAGAAAUUAAUGAUGUGGAAGGCCCAGGAACUGUUGACGAACAUAUGGCACAAAAGUGGUUCAGGCGUUUCAAGGAAUGCAACAUCAGCCUCAAAGACAAACCAAGGUCAGGGAGACCUUCUGUUGUGGGAGAUGAGACUUUGCUUGAAGUGAUUGAACAACCAAGCACAAGCACUCGUAUGUUGUCGGCAGAACUUGAUCCUUCACAAGUUCCUCAUGAACUGACCAAUGACCAGACUCACCAGUGUGUGAAAAAAACAAGGGGGAAGAGAGAAAAAGUAAGAAAGAGAAUAGAAAGCGAGAGGGGAGACAGUAAAACGGAAAGGAAUGCAACAAGGGAGAUAAAAAGAAAGCAUGAUAUUCUUUCAGUUUAUUCCCCCAAAUUCAAAGAGGAAAGUUAUUCUUAGAAACUGGUAUUGAUGUUUUGAAAAAAGAAAGAAAACAUUGAAAACAAAACAUUCUUUUUUCAAAAUUAAAAUUAGUGCAUUUUAAACAGGAGCAGCCCAAAAAAACUUUUUUUUUUCAAAUUAAAAAAAAAAACAUCCAGUUUUGUAGUGGUGGGGAAUAAAACUUUGAAAACUUCUUUUUGA